UGAUGUCACUGAGGCAGUAAGACCAUAUCAGCAGGCCUAAGGGGUGUUGUGGAGAGAGUUUAUCACUGUCUAGAAACCACAUUUCAUUUAACGUUAAGCCCUGAGAAAACAAUCCACUUGAGAGAAAUGAAAGAGUUGAGAAUCUUUAGUCUCACCACCUGGCUGUUCAUCAACCUGCUGCUGCUGCUGGAGAGCUCAUCAUGCACUGCUGACUCAAGUGUUGUGAAUCCCUGUUGCUACUAUCCCUGUCAGAACUCAGGAGUGUGUGUGAGAUUUGAUACAGACCGCUAUGAGUGUGACUGCACUCGCACUGGCUUCUAUGGAGACAACUGUACUAUUCCGGAGUUUGGGACCAGAAUUCGUCUCAUGCUGAAGCCUGGCCCUGGAGUGGUUCACUGGAUCCUCACUCACUUCAAAUGGUUCUGGGACAUGGUUAACAGCUCUUUCCUGCGUGACACAAUCAUGAGAUUAGUGCUGACAGUCAGAAGCGAGCUCAUUUCAAGCCCUCCGACCUACAAUAGCAAGUAUGGAUACCUCAACUGGGAGUCCUACUACAACUUAUCCUACUACACCCGGCUCCUCCCUCCUGUACCUGAAGACUGUCCUUUGCCCAUGGGAACUAAAGGCAAACCAGUCCUUCCUGACCCCAAAGUGCUGGCUGAGAGGUUUUUUAAGAGAAAAAAGUUUCGGCCAGACCCUCAGGGAACCAAUCUUAUGUUUGCCUUCAUGGCCCAGCACUUUACCCAUCAGUUUUUCAAGACAAAUCGUGAAGUGCAAGGGGGCUUUACCAAGGCCUUAGGACAUGGGGUAGAUGCAAGCAAUAUCUAUGGAGACAACCUCCAGCGACAGCUUCAACUCCGCCUUCAUAAAGAUGGAAAGCUGAAAUAUCAGUUGGUAAAUGGUGAGAUGUACCCUCCUACAGUAUCUGAGGUCCCUGUGCACAUGGUGUAUCCUGAAAGUUUAGCUCCAGAGCAACGUCUGGUCAUAGGUCACGAGAUAUUUGGCCUCCUGCCAGGUCUCACCCUGUAUGCCACCAUAUGGCUGAGAGAGCAUAACAGAAUCUGUGACAUCCUGAAGGUGGAACAUCCCACUUGGGACGAUGAGCAGCUUUUCCAGACGGCCAGACUCAUCAUCAUCGGAGAGAUAAUCAGCAUCAUAAUAGAAGAGUAUGUGCAGCAACUGAGUGGUUACCACCUGAACCUGAAGUUCGAUCCCUCCCUGCUUUUCAAAGAGCGUUUCCAGUACAGUAACCGCAUUGCUCUGGAGUUCUGCCAACUCUACCACUGGCACCCACUGAUGCCUGACAGCUUUCUCAUCGAUGGAGAUGACCUCCCAUACUCCCAGUUUAUUUACAACACUUCCCUCCUCAUGCACUAUGGGGUGGAAAAACUGGUGGAUGCUUUUUCUCGACAGCCUGCAGGACAGAUAGGUGGCGGGAAAAACUUUCAUGAAGUAGUGCUCAAAGUGGCAGAAAUGGUCGUCAGAGAAUCUCGAGCAACACGUGUGAGGCCCUUUAAUGAGUACAGGAAGAAGUUUAACCUAAAGCCAUAUACCUCUUUUUAUGAAUUUACUGAUGACUUAGAAAUGGCCAGAGGUUUAGAGGAACUCUACGGUGAUAUAGAUGCUCUGGAGUUUUACCCCGGGAUCCUGCUAGAGAAAACACGUUUAAACGCCAUAUUUGGUGAGAGUAUGGUGGAGAUGGGUGCUCCUUUCUCCCUGAAAGGCCUGCUGGGAAAUCCCAUCUGCUCCCCUGAGUACUGGAAGCCCAGCACCUUUGGGGGAGAAACUGGCUUCAAUAUCGUCAAAACAGCUACUUUGAAGAAACUGGUGUGCCUCAACACCAAGUGGUGUCCCUAUGUGAGCUUCCAUGUUCCACGAAAUGAAGAGGAAGCAAAACAGAAAAAACAGUCCACUGAACUUUAAUGAAUGUUCAGAUAGUGAUAUAUGAGUUUAUUACUCACAAUUAGUCUAUUAGUCUCAGUGCUUUUAAUCCUGUCCGUACAUUUAAUCAUGUCUACCUCUUAAAAAUACAAUUGACAGUUUAGCAAGAAAACUCCUCUGGAUGACAGAAAAAUACAUUUCAAUUUACAGCCCAGAUCAGUAUGAUUAUUUUGUUCUGUUUUUCUUUUUUCGUCUUCUAUUUCAGAGUUAUUGUAGUACAUCACUGUAUCUUCUUAAUAAUAACAAAAAAACCUAACAUUGUUUUGUGUUGUACUUUAAAUUGUCAACAAUAAAAGUUAUAGCUUAUGAAAUGUAAGUGUGGUGCCUAAGAGCCUCACAGAAACACAAGCUGUAGAUGUUUAGUCUUGUUAAAUUAUGUGCAGUUGAUAGACAAUUUGAAAAAAAAAAAAAACUUCCAAAAAAUUGGAAAAAAAACCCUACAAGCGCAACACAAUUUCUCACACUGACUUACUGACAAGAUGGACAAGAUGCAGAAGGUCUUCAAACACCAAUGUGGUUACAACUUUAGAUUUGCCAGUAACACCGCUGCAACAAUUAAUGGAUUAACUGAUUAGCUAAUUGAAAGAAAAUUAGAUUAAACUAUUCUGACAAUAUAAUUGUUUCAGUCAUUUGUCAAGCAAAAAUGUAAAAUAUUUGCAGCUUCUUGAAUGUUUUGCUGCUUUUCUUUGUCAUUUAUGAGAGUAAAUGAGAUGAUGAUAAAUAAAAUAAUAAUGAUGAUAAAUAAAAUAAUAAUAGUUAGUUGGAGCCCUAAGUAACGUGCAUUGUGUAGAGCAUGGCACCAAAACUGCUGUGUCAUGAUGAAUAUAAUAAGGAACAACAGAUAAAAACAUGCGUUUUAACCGUUCAAGUAACUGUAAUGUUUGAGGUGAAUAGUAGAAUACAAAAACAGCUUAAAAAUUUAAUUUCAGUAUAUUUGUUGUAAAGUUACCAAAACGUUAUAGUGGGCUAGAUUCAUAUUAACUGUACAGUAGACUGCUUGUGAAGUGAAACAUGUUUUAUGUGUUUUAUAUUUUAUUGAUUUUUGCAUGUCCACCAGUUUUUUUUUUACCUUUUUCAUGAAAGAUAUUUUGACAUGUCACAGCAUAUAAAAGGUCAAUCUAAAUAAUACAGUCAGUAAUGGUUGAGUUCCAUUUAGCUGCUUCAGUUUCAGCAUGCUGGUAUUGUGCAUGUUGUCAUGUAAUGUUAUCAUUUAAUUCAUAAUCAGUAACACCUGUGCUUUUCCUAUAUGACAAGUCAGUAUGUCUCCUGUGAAAAAGGUCUACUACUGUUUAAAAAAAACAAAACAAACACAAAAACAACAACAACAACUACUGACUAUGGAAAUUGCAUACUGUACAGAAUCAGUGCUCAAAUUAUGAGGCAGUUGCCAUUUGAAGUAGACAUGCUGGAAGAAUUGAAACCUGAUUGUCUGUGGCUUUAUGCUACACAAUGAUAGCAGUCAUCAUCCUCCAUUGUCACAUAACAAGGCCAGAAAAUUACACUUUGACUUCUGACCAGCAGGGGUGUAAAAGUAUCUCCUGACACUCAACUGUGAACUGUGCUGACUUUGGUGGGGCUGUCAUGUCUUGUAAACUGCUGUAAACUGCAGUUUUUGUACAUCCCCCUGUGUCUCAUUCACAUGCAUAAGUCAGCCUACAGUGCAAAGUGGUUGAGACCAGUCUUUUCCUAAAACUAUUCAAGUAGUUUUCGUGCCAUUAACUUAAGUGCCAUUUCGUGUCAAGCACAUGUUAGGAGGGCUCUUUGGCAGGAAAGCUUUGCUUGUUGGCCACAGAUGUAGAUCCACAGAUGUGUGCCUGGAUGAGAUGUGAGGGGUGCAACUCCAAUGAUCUUAACCAAAAUGCUUAAAAAUAAAUGUCAGUCACUUUAAUGCAUUUAUAACAACUGCCAUGAAACAUUGAUACAGGCUUGAAAGAAGGUCUUAACUCUCUUUCCAACAUGAUAUGUAAGAAAAGACUUGGCUUCAGUCAGACUCUACAUUUUUAGGCUUUAGCUCACACUUCACCCUGAAUAAUAUGGCUUAGCUGAACAGGAUUAGUAUGUGAUGGUGAGAAAGCAUGUGUGGGAUAGUGCGAGGUGAGAAGGAAACCUGGAUUCUGUUGAAUGAAUUCUUGUGAGGAUGAGAGGAAGCCACCAGACAGAUGGGAGGAUUCUUACAGUACAUUAAGUCCAGCAGAAGUUAAAAGAUCUAAACACAUGGUUCACCAAAUAGUUUGUUUAAUUUACUUUUGAGAGACUUGUUAUGAGCCAGAGUCAUGCAGGACAGCAGAGCACACUUAGGACAUCUGCUAGACAAGUCAGGAAUGGCUCAAAUAAAUAAAUAGAACUGGUUAAAAAUCCAGAAACAGCAAAAAAAGAGAAAAAAACAAAGACAGCAAGAAGGGUGUAAAAUGACAGAAGAAUUAACAUCUGCCUGACUUUGCAGAUGCUGCCAGAAUAAAGAAAUAAUAAAUAAAUAAAUAAAUUGUCCUCCUAUCCUGACCGUGUUUUCCUGGUUUGUCUUUGUUGUCCAUGUUGAAAAAAAACUGGUGAAAAAAAAAAAAGGUCGUCAGAUAAUGAAGCUGCCCCACUGUUGACUAAUACAG